AUGGCGAGCUCCAGCCGCAACAAUUGCCGUUGGCGGAAACGAAAAAGGCGCGGCUCUUUCCAGUUUCGGCGCUGGGAGCCAGGCGGUUCUGUACCUUUCGGCGACGACGAGAUUCCCAAAUUCAACUUGGACUCCGUUACGCGAGCUUUGUCGCAGGGCUGGGACCCCAACACCACGUGGACGGAGGACGAGCUGGUAUUCCCGCCCCCCGACUCUGGCUGCGAGAUGCCCAUUCUUAGAGACCCCUGGUGUCACUUCAACACGCCUAUUCACCGCGCCCUGUGGCUCGGCCAGCUUGACGUAGCUGAGUGUUUGCUGACACAUGGUGCCGACAUAAACCAGCUCAAUGCGUUGGGACGUACCGUGCUCCACGAAGCCCUCGACAUCGGCCUCAACACUUUUAAUGACCACUGGACAGAAACAGCUACGUGGAUCGUAGAGCACGGAGCCGACUUGAACAAGGAGACUGAGACCCGUACCGUUCUGGUUACGAAACAGGACCCUGAUGGAGAUGAAUAUAAGUCGUCCCAACUUGGGGGUGUAUCGCCGCUGAUGAUGGCCAUGCAGCUUGGAAAUAUUGAAAAGGUCCAGCGUCUAGUAGAUGCUGGUGUUGACGUCAACUUGUCGAUCGAUGAUGAGGCAAGGUGGAGACCGUUGGAUCUCGCCUUGAUGAGUCGGCAACUACACAUGAUGGAAAUCCUUGAACAAGCCGGUGCGUCAUUGUCGGUAAACAUGACGGAAAAAGUAAACACUGAGGCCAUCAACAUUGAGGAACUGUCACAGGUCCAGCUCCAAGCAAAGGCUGACGACCUUUUAUGCUUUUGCUUGACACGCUCGCAUAAAGGCCUACCUGAACGUGAAUGCAAUUCCAUUUACCAAUAUGUACUCCAAACAAUCGAGUUCAGGUCUGCAUGGGCAUCUCGAGACAGGAUGGACGCGUUGGGAAAAUACAAGAGCCCCAACGACGCCUUUUUUAAAGUUCUCUCAAGUCUGGCAAGGACGAGGAAUCCAUAUGCAGUACCGGAUUCGUACUGCACACUCUGUACUCAAAUGAUUGCCCAUUACUCCGGAAACAAUAAGGCAGCUGGUGUACCUUUUCAGUACGCAGCAACAAUAAAGACGUUGGAAGAAACCGCUGCUGCCAACGGUUGUCCUUUGUGCGGCAUGUUGUUGGAUGCGCUUGAGCUCAAUCUUGACGGGAAACGCAAGAAGCCAAAACCAACCGACAUGCCAGAUGCCCCUGUCGAGCUAAAGAUUUUAGCGGCUUCCUUCGGGGAUGCUGAGCUUCAGGUCAAGUGCGGAGAGAGGAGCUCUGGUUUAGCAUUGAAAUACCUAAACGACGAUCUUCUACAUGAUUUGCUCGACCAUCCCGAUGAUUUAGAGCUAGGAACUGGCAGUCUUCGAGCCCUCGCUCUUGGAAGAACGUGGAUCAACAAUUGCAAGAGAGGCCACCCUAAGUGCCGGCGGCCGCAAGACCUCUCACCUCCCAUUCUUCCCACAAGGGUUCUCGACAUCGCUGCCGGUACGGCUAUGGGACCGACAGCACGUCUCGUUGAGACUUGUGGCAAUAUGAGAGGUGCCUACUGCGCGUUGUCGUAUUGCUGGGGCACGUCGCAGGGUGUCACAACGACCAAGUGCAACCUAGAGUCGCACAAGGUCGACAUUCCGGUGGAGUCGCUAGCGGCGACAAUUCAAGAUGCUAUUGUUGCGGCAUUGGGCUUGGGGUUUCGAUACCUCUGGGCUGACGGCCUUUGCAUCGUGCAAGACGACCCGCUUGACUGGGACUCGGAGGCCGGGAAAAUGAGCCUCGUCUACGCCAAUGCCACUAUCACUAUAUCUACCAUAAUCGGGACCGACUGCGGGGAGGGUCUCUUUAAGCGACGCGUGCUGAGACAACCGACUCCCCUGCCUUUCCCCCUGGCAAACGUCGCACGGCCUGAUGGAGACGCGCGACGCCCCUUGCUCGCAGUCCACCCACCAGCAGAUUACACUGGGCAAUACAAGCAUCAUCCCGGGUUCAAGUUCCGCGGGCCGAUUCACUCUAGAGGCUGGACUUGUCAGGAACAGGUACUCUCUACACGGAUUCUCUGGUACGGACCAGGACAUCUGCAAUGGGAAUGCAUGUCUCUCUAUGCCGCAGACCAGAGUCCGAGCGGAAUCACGUACCAGGGCAACUACCCAGGAGAUUCCCCCGUGACCGUCACCAGAACUAAGGAGUAUGUACACAGAUCUAUCUGGCCUAACAUGACUAUAGAGGAGGAGCAACCGUUCAGUUCCUUUGGGCUGGCCAAGAGCUCUCUAUUGGACGAAUGGGAGAAUAUCGUGGCCGACUAUUCGAAGAGGAGUCUCUCGGUAUCAUCUGACCGAAUACCAGCCAUACUUGGCCUGGCAAAGUCGGUAGCGCCUAGCAUCAAGUGUGAGUUUGUCGCUGGUGUUUGGAAGGGCGAGCACUUCUUACGAAGUCUCCUGUGGCGCGUAGAUAAGCCCUCGUCGUCACCGAUCACUACUGCACACUAUCCUUCCUGGACUUGGGCGUCGGUGGAUGGCACCACGAUUGAGUACGACCUUUUGAAAGACACCGCGGGACACGAAGUGACUUGGCCAGCCUCGCUUAUAUCCCUGGAUGUCUCACUAAAGGGCAAGGCGCAAUCAGGCGCAACAGGCUCGGUCACAAUUAGGGGCCCAUUGGGUAAGAUGAACCCUACCGAGAUCGACCUGAUGGACCCAUCCAACCCUCGGUUUGGUUGGGGAAUGCUAGAACACCCCUCAUACUACCCUGAUACGGCGGGAGGCGCCUCGUGGUACCUAGACAUUAUGAAGAUGGGCCAAGGUCCUAGAAUGAGCGGGUAUGGGUACCCUCUGUGGCCGAACGGCCGGCCCGGCUCGACCGUAAGGCUUUUUCUCGAGCCUUUGGAUGAUUUUGAUCCUCCCCGGACGUUUCGAAGGAUUGGGAUUGGUAGGUUCGGGUGGGAUGCGAAUGAUGUUGUUGUGCGGGAGGUUGAUAUUAUUUAA